GGCAGUGGCCACAGCAGGGAAAGGGGCAGACAGCACCAGGAGCCUGGGAAGGAAGCAUGAUGCCAGCAGGGACAGCAGCUGGAGCCUGGGUGCUGGUCCUCGCUCUGUGGGGAGCCGUAGUUGGUGGUCAGAACAUCACAGCCCGGAUUGGAGAGCCACUUGUCCUGAGCUGUAAGGGGGCCCCUAAGAAACCGCCCCAGCAGCUAGAAUGGAAACUGAACACAGGCCGGACCGAAGCGUGGAAGGUCCUGUCUCCCCAGGGAGGACCCUGGGACAGCGUGGCUCGAAUCCUCCCCAACGGUUCCCUCCUUCUUCCAGCUAUUGGAAUCGUGGAUGAGGGGACUUUCCGGUGCCGGGCAUUAAACAGGCACGGAAAGGAGGUCAAGUCCAACUACCGUGUCCGAGUCUACCAGAUUCCUGGGAAGCCAGAAAUUGUGGAUCCUGCCUCUGAACUCACAGCUGGUGUCCCUAAUAAGGUAGGGACCUGUGUGUCAGAGGGAAGCUACCCUGCAGGGACCCUCAGCUGGCACUUGGAUGGGAAACUCCUUAUCCCUGAUGGCAAAGGAACAAUCGUGAAGGAAGAGACCAGGAGACACCCCGAGACAGGGCUCUUCAUGCUGCAGUCAGAGCUGACAGUGACCCCAGCCCCAGGAGGAACCGCCCAUCGUACCUUCUCUUGCAGCUUCAGCCUGGGCCUUCCCCGACGCAGGCCCUUGAAUGCAACCCCCAUCAAGACCCAUGUCAGGGAGCUUGUGCCUCCAGAGGGGAUCCAGCUGUUGGUUGAACCGGAAGGUGGAACAGUCGCUCCCGGUGGAACUGUGACCCUGACCUGUGUCAGCUCAGCUCAGCCCCCUCCUCAGAUCCACUGGAAAAAGGAUGGUACACCCCUGCCCCUUGCUUCCAACCCUGUGCUGCUCCUCUCUGAGGCAGGGCAUGAGGAUGAGGGGAUCUACAGUUGUGUGGCCACCCAUCCCAGCCACGAGCCUCAGGAGAGCCCCCCUGUCAGCAUCAGUAUCACAGAAACAGGCCAGGAGGGGCCGGCUGCAGGCUCUGUGGGUGGGGCUGGGCUGGGGACGCUAGCCCUGGUCCUGGGGAUCCUGGGAGGCCUGGGAAUGGCCACCCUGCUCGUUGGGGUCAUCCUGUGGCGAAAACGGCAACCCAGAGAAGAGAGGAAGGUCCCAGAAAACGAGGAGGACGAGGAGGAACGCGCGGAGCUGAAUCAGUCAGAGGACACCGAAACAGCAGAGAACGCGGCAGGGGGACCUUAGGAGAGCCCAGGCAGACUGUCCACCAGCUCCUUCGCCGCCCUCGCCCUCCCUCUCCCACGUACGAGCCCCAUUCCACCUCAUACACUUUCUUCUACAACCAGAGCCCACCUGACCCAUGCUGAGUAAACACUUGACACACUUGCC